AAUCUUCCUACCCAUUGUGUGAUUCGCUUUCCUCAUGAAAUUUUUGAGAGGGAACAAGCUACGCAGUACUCCAAUUCAUACUUUAUCUAGUGCACUAGCUCGACAACAACAAGCUUCUGAGCAGGAGGUAAGUGAUGUUCGUCCUGAAAAUCAAGAUCCUACGUGCUUCCUGGAAGUGAAAAUUUGAGCGCUGAAUUUUUGCUGAUGAAACAAAGUCAAACUAGAAAAAUUUUUCUUAGUCAACACGUACAAAAAAAAAACUUCAUUCCAUGAACUCAAAUAUAUCUGAAAGAUAUUCCACCUUCAUCAGCGGACUUUCCAACUUCCCGCAGCUUUGGCAGAAGCACUUAGUCGCAGAGCUGCAAAAAUGCUCCAAUGAAGUUUAUAGGAAAGUGUUUAUUCAGGGCAUACAAAGCGCUGAGAAUAAAAUAAAGGAGCUUGAUCAUAAACAGAAAAAAUUUCUUGCGGAUGUCAGGCGCAGCAAUGUAGAUGUUACAACCACUAAAGAAGAGAGACCGAUUUCAAUUAAGAAAGAAAGACCGAUUUCAAUUAAGGAAGAGAAACCGAUUUCAAUUAAAGAAGAGAAAUCAAUUUCAAUUAAGGAAGAGAAACCAAUUUCAAUUAAGGAAGAGAAACCAAUUUCAAUUACUGAAGAUGAACCACCUCCUAAGAAAGAGGAGAAACCAGCCACGCCUCAGAAAUUGAUCGAGUAUCAAACUAAGAGACCAAGUGACGAAGAUCUAAGUUCUGUACCUCUCAAAAAGAAAAAGAUAGAUAAAAGGGCUCGUUUAUUUGCAAUCUCGGAUCAAACAAAAGAGAAGCCUUCAGAAGUGAAGAGUAAUUGUUUUUCUCCAGAAGAAGAAGAAAGACUGAGGGCGUAUGGAUGCUUCUACGUCUUUUCCAAACAGGAGAAAUUAACUAGACCCUUGACAGAACAAGAUUACUUCCUCAUGAAUUUUGGUUUAGUCUCACGUGAUCAUAUCCAGUAUGCUCCAUAUGAUGUCUCUCUCAACGUCCGUCGCACUAGACGACAGCUCCACAGCAAACCGAAAUACAAAUCUUCUGAGUGGGAAACGACUUUGCCUUCCUCAAAAAAAUUGAAGUUGCUGAAAGGAAAAACAAAAGGAGACAAUCUCAAUAACUCGUUCGAGUCACCUCCUGCCUCACCAAAACAAAAAGGUGUAAUAGGCGAUUCAUCGUCUUUGAAAGGCAGAAUAAUGAUGAAUAAAGAACCCAAUGCGGAAGCUGCACUGGCAAUACGGAAGGAUAAGGAAGCCUUCUCAAACCUUUACGACGAAAAGGUGACUCUUCCAAAACAGCUUCAUAAUCAGGUUGUUAUGGUGAAAGAGAAAAUACGCGACUUCUCCCGGACGGACAAUCAUCGAGGCAGCCUUGUGGAAACAGAUACAAUACUACUGCAAAAUGAGCUUCUACAAAACCAAUUACGUAACAAACUCAACUUUUCCCGAUCAAUCUCUAGUAUGGACACAGCUCAGUCUCAUUCAUUGAGUCACAGUAGAAUCAGUAGCCUCGUCAAUAUUACGGCUUCAAAACCAGCCUCUCAUGAACAAUUAGAUAGUCUUCAAUCACAUACCUUCAGAAUAGAGAGUGCUCCAGCCUCUUCCAUCUCUGCGUUACCUAUUAAGGAGCAGUCCUCUGCCAAAUUCCGAUAUUUACCUUUUCAAAAAAUCGGAAUGAGUCCUGUGAUAGAAGAAGGAAAUGACGUUGAACAAAUAUCAUCGCAAAUCAGCACAAGCACUACUGUGGAGUCUGGAUUUUCAAGUAAACCUUUAAGCCAUCUUAGCGAAAGAAAUGAAAUGCUCCAAACUAAGCCUGAUAUUGAAACCAACACACCUGAAGAUGCCGGAACACGGCAGGAGCAGAAAAUAUAUCCGAAGGAUGACCCAGCGUCCAAAACUAUAGGUUCAAACUCGCUGAAAUUCCUGCCUACUGAUACAGACUCCUCUCAGCGCUGUUCUGUAGAACCGUCCAACCUCAUUCCUGUCAGCAAGGGAAUUCCACUACAGAAUAUUGGUAUUUCGAUACGAUCAGAUUUAUCGGAAACAGACAUUCUGUUGAAUUCCUGCUCAAACAUAGAUUUUGCCUCUUUAUCCAGUCGAAGAGAAAUUAUCCAUGAUGAUCCUUCGGAUAAAAGUGAACUGCUUGAACCGGAACGACUCGUCUCGAAUCACAUGAUGAGAGAGCAAGUCAACAUUGUUUAAAUCGUUUGACAUAUUUUAAGGCUCUUAAUCAACUUUCUCGUCCUUGUUGCUAGUUAGCAACUUUUUAUCGUUUCCAUCAAUCAAGUGUGUCUACUGCUAGCAAUCAUGUGCGUCUCAGUCAACCUCAACGUUCAAGUUUAUUUUAGAGACCCUACUUAAAUUCAUUGGACUUUUUCCAAUGAGUAUAGGAAGUUGAAAGAUGCCUCAGGAUGCUUGACCGGCCAAAACAGAGUUUUUAAUCGAGCUUUUCAAUCUAAAAGGCGAACGUUAAAUGAAAUUUUCUUCCACCCUGGAGGAGAACAAAGAUGACAAUAUGUCUCAUCAAGUGCACCUUCAGGAAUUUUUUGUGACUUUUACCUGCAAUUGAAAUCAGUUAAGAUUAUAUCUUUUCUAGAACAGUUUGUAUCUAAAUCAUGGAAAAAAAGAAUCAAAACAUUUGAAGGUUCUCUAUGCGCUUGCUCACCCAAGGUCAUCACUGGUGAAACUGUAUUUUCGUUUCCGUGUUCAAGUGUGUUUGUUCAGUGUUACAAAAUUCAUCUUCAUUUUAAUUUUACUAAACAAGAAUGAACCAAUACUGAUGACAGAAAUUUCUCAAGAUAUGACGCAGAGUAUUUUUCCGUUUUUAAAGUAAAGUAUAACAGGAAGUUUUCAGCGUCGCAAAUCAAGAUAUGCAUUUCUGUAGCUUCACCGUUGAUAUUUUUUGUGGCAACCCAAGCUUACAUUUCUUUUCCUCCAAAAUACGGACAUAUUUGUAGCUCAUUUACAGGCUUUAAAUGGAACACUCGAAUCAGAAACUAUGCUUUGGUUAGUACAUCUCACCAGAGCGUACCUCCUUGUUAUUUACCUAGCUAUUUUAAUGUUUUUAUCAAUGUAAUUCUAAAACAACUUAAAGCAACGUAUUGGCGAAGCCAAUGAAUCAAAUGUUUUAUCACCGUGAUUUUCAGUAUAGUAGAGUGAAAAUAAUUGCUAGAGAUUUUGGAAAAAGUCAUCCAAAAAGGUAAUCACUUUCGUGGCCGAUGCACUGUUUUCUUAGGCACCACUCUUGUCAUGCUUGAAGUUUUAUCGAAUCAGUUUUAAAUUGAAGGAUGUUUAAUUGACAACCUUGUUCAUGUCUAUUUGGUAUCUUUCUUGUCGCGUUUCAAUGAUCCACACUUUAUCAAUUGCUCUGAGCAAUAGUAUCUGGCCAUUUACAACAAAUAUUUUACUUUAAGUUAUAAAUUUAUGUAACGUACGGCAACAAAAAUUUACUGAAAAUCAUAAAAAAACUGCCCGAGCUUGUAGGAUAGUAAAAUUUUGUAGAAAUUUGUACUUGGCGAAAUUAGAAAUUUCAAACUUCAAAGCUGUUUUCCACUAUUUUUAAAAUAGUAAUGAUUGUUGUCAUUUUAUUUUUGACAAUUAAAUUUUCCUGUAGAGGCAAUCAGAAUAAUCAAAUAUUCUCACAAUAUUAUAUUUUGCAAUAGAAGUGUCUCAAUUUUUGUCCCAGAGGAAAUAUUGAUUUCAAAGUUCCAUUACUAAUGGAUUGCGCCAAGAUUGUAAUGCUAGCAGAAACAAAUUUUAAAUUUUACUAGUAUGAUCAUUGUGCGUCCCUCUGGCACCAGAAAUGUUCAAAAUUUGCUGUUUUUGUAGAAACUCGAACUGUCUUGUGUUUCAGUAUCAUUUCCAUGGCCAAAUGUCUUCUUACCAAUCAGUGCAGAAGAUUGUUUCUCUAGAUCUCUCUUUAGGUGGAUUCACACAAGUGAGUCAAGGGUUUAGUCAGUUUCAAAAGUUUAAAGUAUUUUUCGUCUUAUCAUCAUCAUUAUUAUUUCAACUUCAACCUGAAAGUACCAAAUUUCAAUAAAGAAAUGCUCGUUGCAAAUUAGAAAGUAUGACUAGAAUAAAUAUUGCAGAUCAUAGCAGCUUAAACCUAGCAACAUUCAGUCAAAUGGUCCUUCAAAGUUAUUUUAAAUCGUUUCAUGAUCAAAUUAUGUGCAACAGUGCAAUCACAAAUGUUAUAAGUUUGAGGGGUUUUUCCAAAAAAAUGUCUUGAAAUUUUGAAACUAUUGACAGACGUAUGCGUUAAUAUCAUAAAAAAAGCACUAAGCUUGAGUAUGAAAAUCCACAUUAAAGUUGAACCUAUGAUCUGUAUUCCAGGAUUUUUUCUACUCAGUACUUUUCAAUUGAAAGGAAGUCUUGAUUCAUAUGUGAUAGAGUGAGGGGAAAAGGAGCUAAUGGUAAUAGCUCACAAUUUUCACCACAGAAAGUUGACUCAAGUUGACUAAAGUCUAGAUUAUUUGUUAUCUGUUUUCCAUCUUUAAUACCCUCUAGAACCUUUAGUUAAUACUUAAAGUCAUAAGUUGAUCACAAAGAAUGUAAUAAACUUCUCAAACGAACAGUGUUUAAAUUUUGCGACAGCCCAAGCCCUAGUUCGGUCAAACUGAUUGGCGUCAGCUGUUUUUUUCAACUUGAAGUUAAAGUUAUGAAUUAUGAUAGUUCUCUUCAGUAAAAUUUACUCUAAAGAUUUUUUUUAAGUUCAUUGUGAAGUUCGGAAGAUUUAAAGGUAGUUCUUUCCUCAAUAUUUAUUUGUUCAAUACUAAAACUGUCAUAUAUCAGGCAAAUAGUCUCAAAAUUUUUACCUCUUUACUCUGAAUUUGUGAUUCCUUGUUCUGAACUUAUAAAUACUGGCAAAGUGUAAAGUUAAGAUUUUGGGAGUUAUAGUAAAUGAUGCUAAAUUGACUCCUCUUACGGUAGUGUAGUUAUCGUCCUUUAUUGAAGUUUCACAUAAAGUCCUCCUAUUCCAUCAGAUAUGUAAAAAAACAAGACCAUGGAAAAAUUUCUCUGAUUAUCAAGAUGGAGAUACAAGGCAUAAGAGGUAGAAUAUCAUCGUACCUCUGUUAAAAAUGAGAAGACUUUUUUUCCCCCAUUUCCCCUGAAGAUAGAUCAGCAAAUUAACUUGAAUUCCUUUUAAUUAUUACCAUUUUGAUCUCUCCGAAAUCAAUCCUGUUUUCUUAGCUGAAAUUUUAAUUAGAAUAAGUAACUCUAAAAAUCAAUUCUUGAUUAAUUUACUUCAAAAUCAUUGUUUUUAAUCUAAUUCGUCUACAAUCAUUAUUUAAAAAUUGUCUUGAAUAACAAAAUCACAGACUCAAGGUUUUCAUCAAUAACCCUCUCUCUCUCUCUCAUCGUAGUAAAAUACAGUUUUGCAUGUUAUUUCCUCAGAGAAGACUCAGUUUGUGUUAGUCUUAAAAAUUGCAUCUGUGAUUUAAUAAAAAAUGUUGUAUUUGUUAAGUUAAAAUGUAUCGGAAAAUGUUCUGAUCAUUAACAUUGCACGGUAUUAUACAAAGUAAUUUACUUGCAUAAACCGCAUUCACUAAAAAUCUGCAUAUGGAUGCAGUGAUUCAUAGGAUACUUAUGUUUUAAUUUUACAAUUUUUCUCGCUCCUUUUUUUAAUCAUUCGUAUUUAUUUUCAUGAAAUCUUCAGAUGAAGUCUAGUUUUAUUUUUUGAAUAAGUUGUUGAAGCAUGUUAUCGUAAUAAAAGUAUUUUUCAUUGAC